ACUGAUGGUGACAGAUUAACAAGAGCUGGAAAAUGAAAGAUUAUUUGGAUGCCACACACAGGAGAUCUAGUGUACCAAAGAAUCAAUCACUUUCAUGCGGGAAAAAGUAAAGCGUGCCUACCACUCCUCUGUCAUAUUAUAAUACUGGAUUGUGACACAUGGAUAUCGAAUUUUUGAUGGAUUUAUGAGCUAUCCAAGUAAUUUUAAUGAAAAUAGUUGAAUGACUGACUGCAAAACUCCUUAACAAGUGCGGCAUGUUGUAGGUUUACCAUCUCCAUAACCUCUUUUCAUAAACAUAAAGAGAGCACGAUGUUCACGUCAGCUGGAUAAAAUACAUAAUAGAAACUGGAUACAAUAUAAAAACUGCACUUGAUAUGGAUAAGGACACAAAUAUACUCAUUUGGUCUUUUCCAUUGGUAUUUUUAGUGAAUGGACAAAGAGGUGGUAUGUUUCGGGGAAUUUGUCCACUCAAUUCGCUUUUAAUCCUUUCGGUACUGUCCUCAGUGGGAUUUAGCAAUGUACCAGGAGUCGAAUAUGAUUGGGGAGCUCAACCCAAGUUAGUGUGCAUGCCCCUACCUGCAGACACUGAUCCAGGUUGUUUUCCCCCAGAUGGGGUUACUCAUGGCCCUAUAAUUAAUGGAAAUAACAAUGGUCAUGGCAACGGUCACAGCAACGGACAUGGGAAGGGACAUUUUGUUGGAGGCUUGCCUAACAGUCCCCUUGGGGGCAGUAGUCGAAGGGGCAUGUCUGAUGAAGCAAAAGCAACUAUUCUGCACUUGAGGGAGAGCCUAGUGCGUCAGAAGGAGACCAUUCUGGAUCAGAGGGAAACUAUACGAGAGUUGACUGCAAAACUGACACUCUGUGAGGGAUUUGGGAGGGGUGCAAGUGGGCACCACAAUGAAGACCACCAUGGACAUCUUGGCUCUCACCACUCUUCACAUCUCUAUGACAGUGACCGUCAUUCUGAUCCACACUAUCCUCUCAAUGGCUAUCAUAAUGACCAUCACAGAGGGAAGCCACCAUUUUUGGGGAAACAUGCAUUUUCCCCAGAACAGGCAGGAAAGACCUUGCAGGCUCUGAAAGAGAGGCUGGAAAAUUUACAGGCAAGAAAUUCAUCUAGCACCUAUUCUAGCUCACUGAAAGACCUUCUGCAGCGCAAAAUCAGUGCACUUGAAGAACAGCUCCACCAUCACCAUGACAGUCACCAUGACUAUGGCAACCACGAAUCCCACCCUGGGCAAGGCCAUCGUGAUAAUCACCAUGAUGACCAAUAUGGAGAUCGCCAUGCCAACCCUGAUAAUAACCGCCGCUAUGGUCAUCAUUACAAUCACUAUUAUGGCCAUAACCUUGAUCAGCUCAGCACACACAAUAAUGAUAAUGAUGAUCAUCAUGAUGACCAUCAUAACAGUCACAAUGAUGACCAUCAUGAUGACCACCAUGACAGCCACCUGAAUGAACACCAUGAUGACCAUCAUUCUGACCCCCAUGACAGUGGUCACCACAGCAACAGCGAUCAUGGCCACCAGCGUCGUAGCCCUCUUAAAUCUACAGCGUCCAGAGCACGUGGUGCCUACAAUAAGCUGGAUUCUGUUCUGAGCCAUCUAUACCACAGGUCUCCAGAAACAGGGAACCAAAAGAGACGUAAGAAUCCUGAUGGUUUUCAAAUCGGGUUUCCGAUGCACACCAACUACAUGUAUGGCCGGAUCAAGCACACUCUUCUCAAUGAAAUAUUUGCCUUAACUGUCUGCCUCUGGUUAAAGGGGGGUUCAGGGCCAGGAAUAGGCACCCCUUUCUCUUACUCUGUCCCUGGCCAGGCUAACGAGCUUGUCUUGAUUGAAUGGGCCAACAGUCCAAUAGAAUUGCUGGUGAAUGACAAAGCUGUAACUCUACCUCUAUCUCUGCAAGACAGUAAGUGGCACCAUAUUUGCGUGACUUGGUCGACACGGGAUGGAGUAUGGGAGGCCUAUCAGAAUGGAGUGAAAAGGGGCUCUGGGGAAAAUUUGUCCCCAUGGCAUCCCAUAAAACCAGGAGGAGUCUUUAUACUGGGACAGGAGCAGGAUACUCUUGGUGGCCGUUUUGAUGCUACGCAAUCAUUUGUUGGAGAAAUGUCAGACCUACAGGUAUGGUCCCGUGUUCUUAACUCUCAAGAGAUAGACAACCAAGCCUCCUGUUCCAGCCACCUAACUGGAGAUGUUAUUGCUUGGAGUGAGUCUAUUGUGGAACUUCAUGGAGGGGUUACCAAAUAUCCAUUUGACCCUUGUCACUAAAAUGCCCAAGCAGGUUUCUGCUACUGUUUUUAAACCCUUAGAACCCCAUGAACAAAAUCUUAAAAUGCAUAUGAUGGCAUAAAAGAAAAAUCAUUUACAGUAUUACUCUAAAAUGAGGCACAUGUUGUUAGAAACAGAAAGACCCUUUCCAAACAUCCUGGGUAUGAAAAACAGUAUCAGUGAGUAACCUGUGUUUGAAAAUAUUGUUUAUUCUGUAUUAUGCAUGGUCUUUAAAAUGCAUAUCAUUUUCAUGCACUUUUCAGAUUAGAAAGAAUGCAUUUUUUU